UAGCUGUUCGAUUGACUGAUGAUACUGAUCCUUUUUUCCUUUAUAACCUUGUCAUAUCAGAGGAAGAUUUUCAAAGUUUGAAAUCCCAGCAAGGUCUCUUGGUAGACUUCUCUGCUUUCCCACAAAAAUUUAUAGAUCUACUUCAGCAAUGCAUUCAGGAGCAGAACAAAGAUAUCCCAAGGUUUUUGCUGCAGUUAGUUUCGUCAGCACCUGCUCUAGAUCACACACCUGUCUCUUUAAAUGUAGUGGAGACUAACCCUUUCAAACACCUUACCCAUCUCUCUCUAAAAUUCCUGCCAGGAACUGAUGCAGAAAUAAAGAAGUUUUUAGCCAACUGUUUGAAAUGCCUUAAGGAGGAUAAAAUGAUGCUGGAAGAAAAGCUUAAAAAGACUGAAGAGGAUCUUACCAGGCAACUGAGCUACACUCAACAGAGCUUGUCAGAGAAGAGCCGGGAACUUGACAAACUGAAAAAUGAAUGGGCAUCCUACACUACAGCUCUGAGCAGCAAACACUCACAGGAACUGACAAGUGAAAAGGAAAGAGCUCUCCAGGCACAAACUCAGUACCAACAACAGCAUGAACAACAGAAAAAGGAAUUGGAAAAUUUGCAUCAGAAAAAUAUUCAGCAGUUGCAGAACAGGCUCUCAGAACUCGAGAUCAUCAAUAAAGACCUAACAGAGAGGAAAUACAAAGGAGACUCCACAGUCAGAGAACUGAAGGCAAAGCUUUCUGGAUUAGAAGAUGAAUGUCAAAGAGCAAAGCAGGAGGUGCUGUCCCUGCGCCGAGAGAACACAACUCUGGAUGCUGAAUGUCAUGAAAAAGAGAAACUCAUUAAUCAGCUGCAGACACGAGUUGCUGUCUUGGAACAAGAGAUCAAAGACAAAGAUCAGCUCGUCACCAGAACAAAAGAAGUCUUGGAUGCAACGCAGGAGCAAAAGGUGAUACUGGAAGAGAGUACAGAGGAAAAACAAAGGCUUAUUGAAAAACUAGAGACAACAAUUAAAUCGCUGUCAGCUGAACUCCUUAAGGCUAAUGAAAUUAUCAAGAAGUUACAAGGAGAUUUGAAAACUCUAAUGAGUAAAUUAAAAUUGAAAAAUACAGUAACAAUUCAGCAAGAAAAACUAUUGGCAGAAAAAGAAGAAAAACUUCAAAAAGAGCAGAGGGAAUCACAGGAGGUGGGACAAUCCCUUCGAAUGAAAGAGCAGGAGGUCUGCAAGCUACAAGAGCAGCUAGAAAGUACAAUACAAAAACUUGAAGAAAGCAAGCAGUUACUGAAAACCAAUGAAAAUGUUAUCACGUGGCUGAACAGACAGCUGAGUGAAGUUCAGAUGGCAAAGAAGCUGGACAGUCCUGCCAGUGUCCAUGCUGCUGGGAGGGCUGCUGUUUCGCCUCUCAGCAUGCCUGACCGACCAUCCUUUCACAGCUCAGGAAUCAGCCAUCCCAUUUCUCCUCUCUACGCCUUCCAGAACUUGCUGGAACCCACACAGAGCAAAAAUGGAAAUUCCCAAUGUCCAGUAUCAAAGGUACAGUUGAACUCACAGCUUUCAAAACUGAGCCGAUGUUCGGAUGCUCACCCAGCAAACAAGGAGAAUGGUGAUCCACUGGGGCUGGAAUCAAAGUAUUUGAAGAAAAAAGAUGACAGCAUUCCUUUGCGAGGGCUGAGUCAAAACACGCUUAGCUCGGAGUACCUGAGACCCUACUUGCCAGCCAAAGCCCAGCCGUCGGCAAAAGCUGCUGCAACACCAGCCUCGGCCUAUUUCCCUGGCUCAUAGUCAGGGCUCUUCCAGUGAGAGUCCUCUCUUAACCGCUGGGGGGAUUUUUUCAAUGUCCUGCAAUAGUGUGUUGGUAAAGUAUCAGUGGGAACUGAUGUAAUGUUAUGGGCCAGUUUUCUUUGAGGAAAGGAUCUUGACUGAUUUGGAUGAUGCUUCAGGGUGCCUGAGCCUAAGCAGAAGAUAAAGCCUUAAGGAACGUUAGUGGGAACAACACAGCAGGGCUGUGCAGAAUUUUCUUAGUAUAGUGUUGACCCUGUAAAUCAUCCUAAAAACUGACCAAAGUGCUCUUUUUUAUAACAGGUGAAAUGUACAUUCCCUGAGUGAAAACACUUACCUGAAUUUCUAUUUUUUGACCCCGUUCAGAGAAAGGAUGAGGUGAAGGAAAAGCACAGAACUGUGCUGUGCUGUCCCUUUUAGUAAUGGCCAAGCUUAUACAAGGGCAUGACUAACAGUUUAGUUUUAAAAAGUUAAUUUUGCAACCAGCUUAUUUGAAUUGCAUCUAGAUUUACAACUAAUCUCAUACUAAAAAUACUAAAUUAUUUCACUGAAGGUACAAAAUUAAAACUUAAAAUUCUCACUCUUGGGUCCCCUAAUUUUUCUGUUAAUUUUUCAGUAUUACAUUCCACAGGCUACCAUGCACAGAACAUUAAAAGGUGAAGUAGCUGAAUAGUUAACUGUUGACAAGUAUCAACACCUAAAAAUUACUUCAUUUUUAUAAAUCAUACUUUACAACUGUAAGACUAUACAGAAAUUUCAGAUACUCUUACAUUUUUGUAGCUUGUUCUACUGUAAGGGUUCAAAUGCUAGGAUCAUGUAACAACCCCUUCUGUGCCCUCUUUACUUGGUGUCCCCUGCACACUGAGCAAACAUGGACUUCUGCCAGGUCAAGUACCCUUACAAUGACUAUUCAUUCGUUACUUUUAGUAAAGGUAUUUCAUUCCUUUUACCUUUGUUACUCAAGUGCACCCAGAGGAUUGUACAUUUCCGUGGUUUGUUUUGCUGUGUGAAAUGUGUACAUUUGUUUAUGUUAAUGUAUAGUGUCUGUUUUUUUCAUGUGUACAUUUUAAUGGUAAUAUUAAAUGGUUUUUAUCAAAAGCUCUGAUUAGUUAGUGUUUCAGGAAUACUAAGCAACAUCUCCACUGUAGUGAAAUUCCCAGCUGAGGUAAGCACCAGAACAGCUGUUUUAUUGACUGGUGCAGUUUCCAGUGUUGCUCAUUGUUCCCCAGGCCCAGCCCCGCAGAGCUCCUCUCUCCAGCUGUCCUUAGGUGUCGGUGCCGAGGCUGUGCCCAUCUGGCAGUGCCAGGAGCUGCUGGCACAGCAGUGUGGCAGCAUCUCCCAGCCCACUGCAGUGAACCACGGGUGCUGCGGGCCUGGGCAGCCCUGGCCAGGCUGGCUGUGUGCAGUGCCAGGAUCCGUGGCUGUCCUGGAUCACCAGGAAACAAGGAGCAGCUGCAGGCAGCCUGGGCGCUGGACAGCAGGGACCCUUCCCCUGUGCAUAGGGCUGCUGCAGCUAACACAUAAAGAAAGGACCAGGCUCCAUCACUGCUCCACAUGACUUUUUGCACCUGAUGAAGUAUAACACACAUGCACUAUUGAACUUAAGGUUU